UCCAAGUGACCAACCUCAAUGGGACCUUUUCUCUGCCGUCCUGUCCGAUUCUUGCAGUUCUCGGCAUCGAUCCUCCCCUGCCAUCGCCUUCGUAAUCUCUGGCGAAACGACAGCUUCCUUAACAACGCUCCCAAACAGGGAACCAAACCAACCCAAACCCAAAAUUAUACCUUUGACGUUAAAAAAAAAAAAAGAAAAAUGGCUUUUUUUUAUAUCAACCAAUCAGAGUUCGUUGAUCUCCUCAUCACUUCCCAUUUGACCCCAACAACUCUCUCUCUCUCUCUCUGUUUUUUUCUAUCCUUGUUGAAACUCUACAUUUCGAAUAGCUAUGAAGUGUUUUCAUUUUAUUAAAGGGGAGAGGAGGGACGGGGGAGAUGACGGGGAAGUCGUUUCCAGGGCAUCGUCGAAGGUGACAUGGACGAGGUCGUUGAGCGUGGCAUCGAGCACCGUCGACACGUGUCGUUCCGAGUUCGACUCCGAGUCGACCAGAGAUUUUGCCUCGGGCUACUCGGCGGUGAGUUUCCGCGAGUUUCUGACUCAGCGUCGAGCUAACGAUCUGCGCGCGUUCACAUUUGCGGAGCUCAAAUCAGCUACCCGCGGGUUCAAUAGAGCUCUUUUGAUUGGUGAAGGUGGGUUCGGGUGCGUUUACAAAGGAGUCGUUAUGGUUCCUGAUGAAGCUGACGAUGGUCGUGAUUUAAAGUUGGAUGUCGCCAUCAAACAGCUCAAUCGUCACGGUUUCCAGGGGCAUAACGAAUGGAUCAAUGAAGUGAACUUUUUGGGUGUAGUUAAUCAUCCGAAUCUUGUAAGAUUGGUGGGAUAUUGUGCGGAGGAUGAUGAGAGAGGGAUUCAGAGACUUCUAGUCUAUGAGCUUAUGCAUAAUAAAAGCUUGGAAGAUCAUCUGUUGGCUCGGAUGCCAUUGCCAUUGCCAUUGCCUUGGGUGACAAGAUUGAAAAUUGCUCAAGAUGCUGCCCGGGGUUUGGCUUACCUGCAUGAAGAAAUGGAUUUUCAACUAAUAUUUCGAGAUUUUAAAGCAUCAAAUAUUCUACUAGAUGAGGACUUUAACGCGAAGCUCUCUGACUUUGGAUUGGCUAGGCAAGGACCCGCUGAAGGAUUUGGCCAUGUUUCAACAACAGUUGUGGGCACAGUAGGUUAUGCUGCUCCUGAGUAUGUGCAAAGUGGCAGGCUAACUGCAAAGAGUGAUGUUUGGAGCUUUGGGGUGGUUCUAUAUGAGCUCAUCACAGGAAGGCGAGCUCUAGAUAGUAAUCUACCUCGAAGUGAGCAGAAGCUCCUGGAAUGGGUGAGACCUUAUGUAUCAGAUUCAAAGAAAUUUCAUCUUAUUGUAGAUCCUCGCCUUGAAGGACAGUAUUGCAUAAAAUCAGGUCAGAAACUAGCAUCCCUAGCAAACAAAUGUCUAAUGAAAAACCCAAAGUCCCGCCCUAAAAUGAGCGAAGUAGUAGAGAUGCUUGGCAACAUUAUCAGUGAGACUUUAUCUAAAGAUGAAGGUGUCUCUCAAUUAGUCAGUGAAAAUGAAGAUGUAAAGGAAGAAAGUGAAGUAGAGACCGAAGUCAAGUCUACCAAGCAAGGGCACAAUAACCUGAAGAAGGUUUUUGAUAUCAGAGAAAUAAUUAGUUUGAGAAACAGAUCAGUUGGGAAGUUAGAUUGGAGAAAUUGGACACUUGGACUGGUGAGGACUUGGUGAUGAGCUUUCAGCUUGUGACGGAAAAAAAUGUUAUGCCUCUUGCUUCCUUAAUCAAAUGCACAUGCUUUAACUGAUGAAACUACAGGGGACUGCUAGGGGUCUUAAAAGCUGAUCUUUUACAUGAAUUUUCAACUACAUUUGCUUGAAUCGAUCUUUCGAACCACUCCAUUUUCUGAGUGGGUUUUCGGAAACAACAGUCCGGACCUAAGUAAUUUUAUCUGAAGAACAGUAUCUGAUCAAGAAAGAAUUGAUUAUUCCAGGACUUUGAUUUGAAUAUUGCAAUACAGAUUGACAAAACACCUGAGAAUUAAGCAGAUUCUUCCUAAUUGUAUCCCCUCUAUACUCCACUAUCUUCUGUUAGCCUUCUCUGCUUUGAGGCUUGCUGGGUCCGGAACGUGGAUUCUUUGGAGUAAGCCAUCAACUUAGUACCGCUGACAUUUAUAGUAGACUUUAUAUUGGAAAGAAAUUGAACCCAAAAAAGUCUCAACAUCAAACUGAAAAGCUCAAAAGCCUAACGGAAUAAAGCCAUUUCGAAUAUAAUCCAUGUCCCCAGCUUCACCUCCCAUUCUAGUCCAAGGUUUUUCUAUAUGGAGUGAACAUUAGGAGCGUAAAUGAUA